AUGGGUGUCCAGGAGCCCAAGAAGCGUGCUAAUGUUGAGCUGGCUCGAGGCAUCAACGCCAUCUCCGCCAACAGCCUGGCCAAGACAAAUGGCCGCGUGUUCGCCCACAGUGCCGCUAACAGCAAGACCAAGGCAUCGAAGGCCCCCGCCCAGCCUGCGCACUCGACCAAGAAGUGGUAUCCGGCCGACUACAUCCCGAAGCCGCUGCCGUCCGCCAAGACCAAGCGCAACAGCGUCAAGACCGCCAAGCUCCGCAAGUCCAUCACACCCGGCACGGUGCUCAUCCUGCUGUCUGGACGCUUCCGUGGCAAGCGCGUGGUGUUCCUGAAGCAGCUGCCGUCGGGCACGCUGCUGGUCACUGGUCCGUACAAGGUGAACGGCGUGCCGCUACGUCGCGUGAACCAGUCCUUCGUCAUUGCCACUUCCACGCGGAUGGACUUGACGGACGUGCAGCUGCCGGAGAUUGAUGACGAGUACUUUACCAAGGACAAGCCGGCCAAGAAUAGCAGCAAGGAGGACCGCUUCUUCGCGGCGCAGCAGAUGGCGUCGGCGCCCGUGAUCGCGGAGCAGCGCAAGAAGGACCAAAAGACGGUGGACGCUCUGCUCAUGAAGAAGCUGGCGAACGAGCCGUACCUGCGCGCGUACCUGAACGCUAAGUUCACGCUGACCAAGAACGACCGCGUCCACGACAUGCGCUUCUAA